AUGGUGCCACAACAUGUUUCAGCGGCAUUAUCUUUUGUUCCAGCAGGACUGGGUGCGACGCUGAAUGUUGCAAAGCCGAAAAAGGGACAGUCUCUUGCUAUUUUUGGCUUGGGCACUGUUGGGCUUGCUGCUGCUGCAGGGGCGAGGCUCUCUGGUGAUUCCAGGAUCAUUGGAGUGGAUUUGAACCCGAAUAGAUUCGAAGAAGUUGGAUCCUUACUUAUGGUUCAUACACCCGAAUUUCUGCGACAGCAAAGAAGUUUGGCAUUACUGAGUUUGUGGAAUCCUAAAGAUCAUAGUGAACCUGUUCAAGAGGUGAUUGCAGAGAUGACCAAUGGAGGAGUAGACAGGAGUGUCGAAUGUACCGGGAGCAUCCAGGCGAUGAUCUCGGCAUUUGAGUGUGUUCACGCUGUAAAUCCCGUGAACAAAUGA